AUGUCGACGGUGCGAAGCGGGGUGGUUGGUCGACAGUUGGGCACGUGGAGUGGCACAGAUGCUGGUGUGAGCAGGGGUCACGUUCAGCGCGCUCGAGGUGUAGGUGAGCGACGAAACGCUUCCAGUGUGGACGAGUCUCGACUGGAUACGCGUGCACCGCGCGCACUGAAGCGGUUGCCAGCCAAGAUCGUGAUCGCAAAUCGCGGAGAGAUUGCGUGCCGAAUCAUCGGCACCUGUCGCCGACUCGGUAUCUCGACCGUCGCCGUCUACUCGGAAGCGGAUGCCAUGUCUCAGCAUGUAAAGCUCGCCGAUGAGGCGUACUGCAUUGGUCCUGCCGCAUCCUCGGAAUCGUAUCUGUGUCAAGAAAAGAUCCUCGCCAUCGCACAACGUACGCAUGCAACCAUGGUGCAUCCUGGCUACGGCUUCCUCUCUGAAAACGCGUCGUUUGCCAAAUUGCUCCAAGACUCGCGCAUCACGUUCAUCGGUCCUCCUCCAAGCGCGAUCGAUGCAAUGGGCUCAAAGAGCGCAAGCAAAGACAUCAUGUUGGCGGCCAACGUACCGUGCGUGCCUGGAUAUCACGGUCUCCAACAGGACGCCGAAUCGCUUGCGUCCGAGGCAGACAAGAUCGGCUACCCGGUCCUCAUCAAGGCGGUCAAGGGCGGAGGUGGCAAAGGCAUGAAGAUCGCCUGUACGCGCGACGAGUUUGCGGAUGCGCUCUCGUCCGCGCAGCGUGAAGCGCUCAAGUCGUUCGGAGACGCUACGGUGCUCAUCGAGAAAUACCUCACUGCUCCACGCCACGUCGAGGUACAGGUGUUUGCAGAUACGCACGGCAAUGCAGUGUACAUCUCAGAACGCGACUGCUCGGUCCAACGUCGUCAUCAAAAAAUCAUUGAAGAAGCGCCCGCCCCGCACCUCGACGCACGCCUGCGAACCGAGUUGGGAGAAAAGGCAGUUGCUGCUGCCAAAGCGGUCGGCUACGUAGGCGCAGGAACGGUCGAGUUUAUUCUGGAUGCGCAGAGACCGCAAGAGUUCUACUUUAUGGAGAUGAACACGCGCCUGCAGGUGGAGCACCCGGUAACCGAGAUGGUCAGUGGCCUAGAUCUGGUCGAAUGGCAGCUUGAGGUGGCAGCUGGCAAUCGACUGCCUUUGCUGCAGCACGAGCUCAGCAUCCAAGGCCACGCAUUCGAGGCGAGGAUCUAUGCGGAAAACACGGAUGCCAACUUUCUUCCCGAUACAGGUACGCUCGUUCACGUCUCGUUGCCUCGCACGACGACGACGACGCACUCGAACCCGGCGCUCAUCCAUCGAGAUGCUGGCCAAGUGAGUUCGCUCAACGAUGCACAAGCCGUCGUCCGCGUCGACACGGGCUUUGUCACGGGCGACGAGAUUUCCGUCCACUACGAUCCGAUGAUUGCCAAACUCAUCGUCAAAGGUCGUGACCGUACCGAGGCGCUACGCAUCAUGGCUCAUGCACUAUCGCAGUACCAGGUGGUGGGACCGAUGACCAACAUCCAGUUUCUAAAGAACCUCGUGCGACAUCCCAAGUUUAUCGCCGGUGAGGUGGAGACAGGCUUUAUAGCAAAGUACGGAGAGCAGGCGUUGUUUGGCGAUCCGUAUACGAGCGAGGCUGAGUUGGGCGAGGCGAUUGCGCAGGGGGUUGUGUGGAUCUACCAGCGCGAUCUUGGUGCUACUUUGGACGACGCCAAGCGGGGUGUGUGGACGAGCGAUGAGUUUGUUCGUUGGCAGAGCCGCACGUUUUCGGUCGGUCACAAGACGCUGGGGGAGGUGCAGGUCUGCGUGACGCCUACGAAUGCACGAGCCGACACGUUUCAUGUCGUCAUUGACGCCCGCGACGGAUCGCAGAUGCGGUACGACUCGCUGCGCACACAUGGCUCCACCACGAUCGCGCACACUGCUUCUUCAGGCUCGUCGCCACCCGUCUACACAACCUUCCUCGCCACCGGCGUCUCGACCAGCUUCAACCUACUCGCGCCCACCUGGUUCUCACAAACGACCACAGCCUCAACGCACAUGGCGUCCGACCUAGUCAGCUCGCCUAUGCCGAGCAAGAUCGUCGAUUGCAAAGUCAAGCGCGGCGACUCUGUCAAAGCUGGCCAAACCAUCGUCAUCCUAGAGGCGAUGAAGACAGAGAUCUCGCUCAAGGCUCCUAGAGAUGCGGUCGUAGAGAGCGUCAGCGCAAAGUGCAAGCCCGGUGGCUUGGUAGCCGAGGCAACUGUGUUGGUAACGUUUGUCGCGCAAAACGACGAGUAG